UGUCCCCGGUCUAGACCGGAAGCAUUCAAAAUGUUUCACACGUUCGUGCAGUGCGCUCUGUUUUGUGUUACCGUCUACUGUUGCCGCUGGUGGCAAAUGCGAGAAAGAUGGAAACUGUUGAGCCGUCUACCCGGUCCGCGCUGUUUUCCACUUAUCGGCGCAAUGUACGUUAUCCCUGGCCGCGAUACUUCCCGCUAUCUGGAGACGAUAAUCGGACUAACGGGUGCGUACGGAUCGCCUUACUGCAUCUGGCUCGGGCCCGUUCCGGUCGUGAUCGUGAGCUCAGCCGACCACGCCCGAACCAUACUAACCUCACCGGCAACGGUGGAGAAGGCUAGCUUCUAUCGGUUUACGCCACUGCAAGGCAUCUUUUCACUGCCGGCCGAUAAGUGGCGCGCCCAUCGGAAGCUGAUUCAGCCCAGCUUCAAUCAGUCGAUUUUGCGUGGUUUUAUACCGCUGUUUGUGCAAAAGACCGAUGCAAUGAUGCGAGGAUUGGGCGAGAUGGCGGAAAAGGGUCAGCCGUUUGAUGUCUAUCGCUUUACGGCUAGAUGUACGCUGGAUAUGAUUUUUGCCACAACGCUAGGCACUGACAUGCACAUUCAGGAUAAACCUGUUUGCAGCUACCUGGAGGUUCUUGAAGAACUUUUCGAAAUCGUGACCAUCCGUGCGGUCAACCUUUUCCUUCAUCCACAGUGGCUCUACCGGUGGACCUCAGUGUACCGUAAGGAAACGAAAGCACUGGAAGAGUUUUGCCGACCAUCGAAGAUGAUUUUAGCGCGCAAAGCGACCGAAAACAGCCACCGUUUCAGUUUGAUUGAACAACUUCAAAACAGCGCCAUGCUCGACAGCGCAGCAAUGGAGCAAGAGCUGAACACAAUCAUAUUCGCGGGCAAUGAAACGAGCGCUAUGACAGUGGCUAACACGAUCCUACUCCUUGCGAUGCAUCCGCACGUGCAGGAGAAGCUGUUCGAAGAAAUACGACUGCUGUGUGGUGCGGAAGAGGAGCAAUCCAUCGGAUAUGAAACGCUCAACCGGCUCACCUACAUGGAACUCGUCCUGAAGGAGUCGCUUCGAUUGCUUCCGAUAGCGGCCGUCGUUGGACGAAGAACGACGGCCGAAGUGGACCUGGGACAGUAUCGCCUACCGGCGGACAUCGAUAUCGUCAUCGAUAUUUUCGACAUUCAUCGCAAUCCCGCCUACUGGGGUUCGGAUGCUGAUCGAUUUCGCCCGGAACGGUUCGAAGGACUGCGGCACGACCCGUUUGCCCUGCUACCGUUCAGUGCUGGGUCGCGGAAUUGCGUAGGUUUACGGUACGCUUGGAUUUCGAUGAAGAUAAUGCUGCUGAAAGUGUUGCGCAGCUAUCGCAUCGACACCGACCUGAAGCUGGAGGAUUUAACCAUGAAAAUAGCUCUCACGAUGAAGAUCUCCAACGGACAUAUGGUGCGGCUGAAGCGAAGACAAUAAACAUGUUCGUUUGAUA